AUGAAAGGAUUUUCUAGCCUUGGAUGCAAGGAUCUUCUACCAUGCAUAAAAAUCAAUAAAUUCGAGCGAAAAAGUUAGUAACUGUUACCCUCCUUCAGGAUGCUCCAGUCCUUGCCGUGCUUCUUUUCGUUCCCUUUUUCUAAUAAAAAUCGACAAAAAGAAAAUAAAACAAGAGUAAAGUUUUUUUUUUUGUGUACUCUAAGAGAAAAAUAGAAAAAUACUAAAUAUUAUGCAAUACAUCCCCGACAACGGCGCCAAAAUUUGACGUGACUCAGUCAUUGUUUAUUAAAUCACGCAAAUAGAAAAUUUAUAAAACUAGAAAAUACGAAUUUUCAGAUAUUUAGAAGUAUUUCUAAAUAAAUAUAUCAAUUAUAAUUCAAUGAAAAUUCUAAAAAUAGCGGUAAUUUUCCAGGUCGAUCACAAGGAUGUAAUAUAAUAUCUGGUAAUUAUUCAGAAUUUUUCUCAAUGAAUAAAAUUUUCUUACGAAUUUUAUACUAGGAAAUGAAAAGGAAAUAUAUUUAAAAUUCACGAAAAAAAAGGAAAUAAGGGUGCGGGCAUCAGGAUGAUGUCAGCACCCGGCGAACACGAAUCAGGCGGAAAUAGAGUUCCGCCCGGCGAUUCUUACGUAAGCGAUUACAGACGACUUAAUUAAUCAAAUUAAGAUCUGUAAAAGCCGGAAGAAUCGUAAUUUAACGAAGUAUAGUUUGGUAAAUUAAAAUUACACAAAGUAUCACUAAAUGAAGUGUAAAUUAAAUUGAAAGCAGGAAAACAGAGUUCCGGCGUCGUGACGGCGAUGCGUCGGUGAUGCACCGGAAUCCUGAGCGUUCGAGGGGAUCGUCGUGCAGUGUCCACGGCCUCGAAGGCUCUCCUUGGACAAAGACGACGUGGGCAAUCUCUAGAUCUUCUCGCGAAGUCUAGAGAUCAAUGAAGUGGGUCGUCAAAUCGUCUCUGGCGGCUGUCACUCGGCGGAGCGGAAAAACGGUGACUUUGCGGCUCUCCGGCGGCUGUCACCUGACGAAGAGGAGCUGGAUGGAGGUGGGGCGCGUGUUAGGGAGCUUCAUCCUCAGGUCCGCGCAGCAAGAGGAGACUCUUCAUCGCAUCUGGUACGCUCUCAGGAGGUGGCGACUGGUCUCCCGCGGAUCGUCCUCUUCCCGACGACGGCUUGUUUGUCGAUCAAUUGGAGAUCAUUUACUCGAUAGAUUCGCGAUCCUUUUAUCGUGAAUCGUUCAGCAAUUUUAGUAGCAAUGCUCCGCAAAUUGCGUUGACGAGAUUUUUGCCGAUGAUCCAACGAUUCUCGUUUCUUAAUCCUUCCCCAGCCAUCUGCAAGAAAGUUGCGAUAAUCAAAUAAAAAUAUAUGAAUUUUGACUCUGGAAGGAUUCGAAUCCGCGCCAGUCGCCCACCUCUUUUGAGGAAGGUGUGACGGGGGUUUAGUCCCACAUCGGUUGUACGCCGAUUUUCCGGGCGAAUAUAUAGUAAUGUUAGCUUUGUGAGCAAAGUCCCUUCUCUCGCGUGUAUGACCACUCCUUGCCCCACAGCCGGCUAGCCACCGGUGACGUGGAAGGGGAGUGGCGUACGCGUGCUAGUCGGUCCCCAAGCCAAGCCGCUCGAGCCCCUACUCGCAGCUUACUCCCCGACUGCGCUUCUGACCUGCUUGCGGGCACGGCUGGCUGGCAGGUCCCCCCAUUUUUGCAAUAUUUUUAUUUUUAUUUCUUGUUCUUGAUUUAUCUUAAAAGUAAGACUGUAAAAAUCUUAUAAAAUCACAUAAUUAACCAAAAAUUCAUGUUAAUCAAUUGAAAACUAAAAAUCAUUCUUUAACACAAAUAUAAGUCUAUUUAUCAUGAGUUAAGGCUAAAACUAUAUUAUUUACUAAUUAUUAACUCAUGAGAAUGAAGACUUAUCACCUCCUCUUGCUGCGUGGACCUGAGGAUGAAGCUCUCUAACAUGCGCCCCACCUCCAUCAAGCUCCUCUCAAUCAGGUGACAACCGUUAGAGAGCCACAAAGUCGUCAUUUUUCCGUUCCGUCAGGUGACAACUGCCGGAGAUGAUUUGACAACCCAUUUUAUUGAUCUCUAGACAUUGCAAAGAGACUUAGAGACUACUCACGUUGUCUUUGUCUAAAGAAAGCUUUCGAGGCCGUGGACACUACACAAUGAUCUUUUCGAAUGCUCAAGAUCAAAAGUUGGUGGGCACCCCUUAUUUUGCUAUAUUUGACGAGAUUUAAUUUGUGGAGAUUAGGCAACAGAAUCAAGUUGAGGCACUAA